AUGAAUAAACGACCGAGAGAAACUGUCCUUUUGAAUGAAUACUCAUCGAUACCUUUCUCAAGUAUUGAGAUAAAAGAUUCAGAAGUUAAGGAAGGAUGUAUGGAAUUCCGAAAGGAAUUAUCUGUGCAGGUUGCGUUAUAUUUAAGAGAACGGAUACCAUCCAAAAUAGUUGAACUGAACAAAAGAAUGAAAAUUUCGGAUAAACCGGGGUCCGUUCUAUCAUCAGAAGAAUUAAAACCUAUUAAUAUCGAUAACGGUAAGGUUCAUUCGAAUUUACAAAUUAAAGAACUAGUUGUGUAUGUUAAACAAGAAGUUAGUGAGUUAAUAGAAAUGGUUAGUUCGAUUAAAUUAUGGGUACAACUAAAUAUUCCCCAAAUUCAAGAUGGAAAUAACUUCGGAGUAGGAAUACAGGAAGAGACUAUUCAAGAGCUCGGUAGAGUCGAAGAUGCAACGUUUUCAUUGUAUGAGAGUGUAUGCAAAUACUAUUCUGAAAGGGCGAGGCUUUCGUCGAAGAUAGUCAAGUAUCCCAACGUUGAAGAUUACUUAGGAGCUAUUAGAGAAUUAGAUGAGAGGUAUUGGGUCUCGUUGCGUUGUUCAAUAGCUGAUAUGCGGAAUAAUUAUGCAUGGUUACACGACCUUUUAACUAAAAAUUGGGGAAAGCUUAGUAAACCUCGUAAUUCAGAAGGUACAAACAUGGUCUAUUAG